AUGCAAGAAGGUUCAUCCGAGGCUAGCUCUUAUUGUACGUCUAAAAGUAGUGUGGGACUAAGUGAAUGCAAUCAAAAAUUCAGCGCGAGAGAGUUUCUUUUGCCUCCAAUUCAUGUACCGACUAGAAAGGAACGGGAAAUAUGGAGUGUCAAAGCUUUACCCUCCGAUUGGGAUUCCGCCCCGAAAGGUUCCCAAAUUAUUGAAAAGCUUAAUGCGAAACGAAAAGAACGACAUGAAGCAGUUCAAAGUGAGGUCCUGAAACGCUGCCAACAAAUCGACCUAGACUUGGAAAUGCAAAUACGCCAAAGAGCUGAGCUGUUUAAGCUAGAGCUGCAUAAGAAUAACAACGCCGUUUUGGAAGUAAUCUCUAGAUUAGAAAGCGAAGUCGACACGCCUAACAAAUUUGAAGAUGAUGAAUUUGAGGUAAUUAAAUCCAUGUCAGAGGAGUCGUAUGACAAAAAUAAAACGGCUCUGGAAGAAUUUUAUGCAUUCUUGCAAGGGAUAGAAAAGGAGCGUUCCAAGAGAUAUAAAGAGGUCCUAAAGUAUGAAUACGGAGAGUUGUUCAAUAUUUCUUACCUUUUGCCACGCGAACUCCAGAUUUAUUUUGAACACAAGCUUCUGAAUUUCAAUCAAAUGAUACUCAACAAUUUGCGCUGCUAUCUCGACAUUCACUUAAAUCUCCAUAACAAAAUCUCAAACACAUACAAAUUUCAUAAUCAUCAAAUUACCAAAAUUUACAUCUCGCGUAAAUGCGAGAAAAAGGUGGAUGCCCUAAUUAAAUUAAACCAAACGAAAUUGUGGGGAUCUGAUUGUGAAAAUGAAACCUUAGCUACGGAACAAGGCAAACAGGCCAGCACAACGAUUUUGAAUAAACAACACGAGAUGAACGAAAUGAUUUCGCACUUAUCAGAUAUGCCCAUCUCUUCCACUAAUGGAAAAAGAUGGAUCAGCAACGCUCAGGAAGCUUUUAAUUCCUUAGACAUAGCUGCAAAGAAGUUAAUAUCUUUAUACAAAGUCGCUGUAGCUGAAGUAUUUAAUGGCUAUUUUGAGGAGCUGCAGGAUAUAUGUGCACAAAUGUCUGGCGCUUACGACUCAGAUACCGAUAUAAUAAAUAUGUUAAACAUGGAAGUGUGCAAACCAUCAAUUGAAUCACUUACAAAACAGUACACCAGUAAUGUGCGCAAUAUAGAGGUUCAGUGGGAACUAGUAACGACGAAACUGAGAAACAUCUUACAAAUUACCUACACUUUUCUUAGGUUAUCCAGUGGAAUAUGGGACAGACAUUUUGAUCGUGUGAACGAAUUAAGAAAUAUCAUUUUAAAAGAAGUACACGCGCAAGUGCAAUCAAAUGAUAAAUGGCAAAAUAACUGCGAGAUUGAGUUAACUAUGGUUCUUGACACCUUAAGACAAGCACCUUCAGAGUCGAAAUUGAACGUCGCAUUGACCGAAGUAUUUAAAAAAUUAGACAUUUUAGCAAAUAACUACAAAGAGCACUACGUCACAGAAAUAAAAAUUGUCGAAAAAUACGAAAACCUCACUCUGAUCGAGGCAAAUCUACUAAUAGCCGAACUGGGUGAGAUACUAUACCAGUUUCCAAAGGAAGCGUCACAAAGAUCACGAGAGGUUUCUGCGUACAGUGAACUCAAGAAGGAUGCAACCCCCAAAGAGGAAGAUGGAGAAGACGGAGAUGAAAAGGAAAUGGUUAACUCUACUUUUACAAACUUUAUCGUUCAACGUAUGAAACAAUGCGAAUAUCAAGUUGGCGCUGUUCAAAACUGGAUGUACGGAUUACAAGAAGGCAUCGAACUUUUCAAAGUAUCUUGUAAAGAAGAUUCCGGCAAACAUGCACAGGUGUGGAUUAGUGACGCCAAGAAAAAGUUGGCCAAACGCUUGGAGGUGAAAUUGGAAAUACACAACACGAAAUAUGAAAGAAUCAAAUGUGGUAUUUAUGAAGUUCGCCUCGCCGAGUUGAAAAUUCACAACGAGAGAUUAAGUGGUCAUAUAGCAGGCGCCGAAAAACAAAUAAUGGACAUUAAAGCUUCUUUUACGAAUUUAGAAAAGGAGUGUGAAGUAAUUAUUAAUGAUUACAAGCAAAACGUCGCUACGUUACAUUUAAAAAUUAAGCAAGCUAAUUGUUCGAAUAAGGCAAAAGCCGGCAUACAAAAUUUACAUUAUUGCAGUAGUAAUUGUCACGAAAAGUUAAAGUGCGCGAUGAAGCCUUUAGAUGAUAUGUAUAAUACUCAGAUGGCCAAAAUUAAACUAUCGUCGAUUCAGUUCUCUAAAGCCAUUAGAUUAUUUUCCGAAGAUGGAAACUAUCACAGUGAUGAAGUAAAGACAGUUACGCAAGAAUUAAAAAAAUUGGAGAAAACGGUAAAGGCGCAGUUAAAACGCGUCAAAAAAGAAAUACAAGUAAAACAAAAGAAAAUGACGGCUCAAGUAAAGGCAGAAGUAGCAAAAAUUCUUCCUUUUAUAACAAUGAGCUUAGAAGAACUCCAAUUUAAAGAUAUAAACAUGACUGUAAAUCAGAAUCUUCAAAUUGACUUAAAAAAGGAAACGUUUAACUUAAAGUUCUACCUUAAGAAAGCCGAAGACAACUUGAGAGAUUUGGAGUCCUUCAAAACCAAACCUUUCGAUGUAGCAAACUUGAAAGAGUAUGAGACUGGAUUUCAGGCACUUGGCAAUGGCCUUCUGCAAUUAAUGAGCUAUCUCUAUCAAUCCGAACCUAUAAACAAUGUACGAAACAUUAAUUAUUCAAUGCUUCCCGUCGAAAUAACUGAUACAACGGACGACAAGAAAAGUGUCAAAAAAGACAAAAAGACAAAGAAGGAGAAAGCAGUUGUUGUCACUAAUCGCUUUGAUUACACCAAAAUGCUUUUUGAACACGAACCGCAAGGAAACUGCUUCAUGUCCAAACUAUGCAAAUUUCUUCAAGACUCUUUGAAGAAUGUUCAACAAGAUGCGAAAGAAUUUUAUGACAAACAUGUCAAAAUUAUAAACAGCGAGAGUGUGCCGCCUUCUUACGACAAAUUAAUGGUCGAGGUCUUGGAGAAAUAUAAUUGCUACCAUCAACAAUGUGAGCUACUGUGGUUCAAUAUGGUUUACGAGCUUUUGGAUCUGUUAGAGUCCACGCACGUGAUGUUUGUGGAGUUUUCAUCUAAUUUACUUAAGCACCAUCAUAAAAACAGAAUCGAAAGCCUUCAAGAAUCCUACAGGAAACUAUGGGAACAAACUGAAGCCAUAAGAAAUACUAACAUUGAAACUGUACGAAGUGUACGCAAAAAGCUCAAACCGCUAUAUGGAUAUGAUGAUAAUCGACACAUGCUGGAUUCACUUCAAAAUGAAAUGGUCAAAGCUCUGACUGAAAUUCGCAACUUUAAUGUCCAAGAAAGCGUUUUCGUACCCUUUCAAGAAUACCAAAACGACAAUUUGGAUGUGUAUAGAAAUGAGUGUGAGAUCAUAAACGGAACUUUAAAAUUUUUAAACGACGAAUAUGUAAGCAAACUGCUAAAGUCGCCCCUAAUAUGCCAAUUUGAAGCAAAAAUUAGACAUUUAAAUGAGUUUUUGACCCACAUCCGCCAGCAAGAACCUACAGAUCUGUCAAAUAUAGAUGGUGGUGUAAAGUUAGCUUUACCUUUCCAAGAUUUCAGUGUUCCGCCGGAGUUUGAGAUAAUUUUGGAAAAAGUAAAAUUAUUGCAGAAUCAAAUGGUUGAAGGAGCGUUUGGAGAACCAGACGAUUAUAUUGAGGUUUACUCAAAUGAGUACAAGAAAUGUUUGUACAAAAUAGAAGAUAUCGAGACAACUUGGUUUAGUGAGAUCGAAAACGAAGAAAAUAUUUUUAAAAAUGAUAUCGAAAAAAUCUGUCAAUUAUAUUCCAUUAAAUAUAACAAUUGUUAGUAAAUAAAAAGCACAAUAUU